AUGUUAAAAUGGUAUAGCCGUCCUGCUUGGAUGUCUGGCAAUAACUCAAUCCUACUGGAGAAAAGAUAUGGCUAUGUGGAUGAAGACGACACGGUGCAUUUUCUACUGUUUCUCAUCAAAAGUGGUGGAAAGACGAAGAUCAGAUCACCAAACCUUGUAAUAUCCCAAAGCAAUUUCAGCCACAACGGUGAAGGUGGAAUUUUGUUGGGUGGAGAUAACGCAGGAAUAGUUGAAAUCCAAAAAACGGACGUACGAGACUCACCCAAGAAUGGCUUAUCGACAGCAUUUUCCCACGUUAACAGCUUGAAGCUGCUGAAUUGCCACUUCGUUAGAAACAAGAUUGGAAUCAAGCUCUCUUCUUUUUCAGGUAACGUGAAUAUCGAGAACACCAAGACUUCUAACUCGACCGAAAAUGGACUAUAUGUGGACACGAACGGUGAAAAAACAAUCAAUAUUGAAAAUAGUGGUGUUUUCCAUAGCAAUGGAUAUGGGCUUUUUCUGGAUGGUAGCUAUACCAAAGUGAAACUUUCUGCAACCAAGAUAUUUUUUGGAUGGAAUAAGGCAUCUUCUGUUUAUUCGCAUAGUUAUUAUGGUUGCAAUUCGCCUUGUUCAUCUCACACUUCCUUCAUAAACUGUACAUUUUAUGCCAACCGAGGCCCUGUAAUAGACAUCGACUUGUCUCCACACUCUAAUCCAUGGCAAUUUGACGGUAACCUUUUCCUGAAUAACACUCAAGGUCCUGUUAUUUUGACUACGCGUUAUACGAAUAGAUACUACACUCCUGAAAUAUUUGUGAGAAACAAUACUUUCUUGUUCAACUUUUGCCAAGAUAAAAGCGUCAUAGACAUAAUAGGAGGCACAAAAGUUCUGAUCAUAGAAGGAAACAUCUUUAAACAAAACCAUGGGAGAUCUGUUUAUAUAGAAAGAACCUCUCCUUCAGGUGCAACUAUAAGAAGUAACGUCUUCACAAACAACAGCUGCCUGAAUAGUGGAGUCAUUGAGAUUCAGAGGAUAGGUGAAGACAUCGCAAUUGUCGACAACAUCCUUAAAUCGAAUAAAGGGCAGUUUAUGGUUCUUCUCCAGUGCGAAUACGUUGUAGGAGGGAACACUGGCAUGAAGAAUGUAACGUUUUUGAACAAUUCGCUCCUGAACAACGUGGCUGUAUCAUCAAGUUCCCCAACCUGUGAGUUAGAAGUCUCUGGAUUUACUUUGGAAUGGAAUGGAAUGGAAUGGAGAGCAUUUUUCAUUAAUUUCAACAGAUUUAGCAGCCAGGACUUCUCAAAAGAACUUUGUGCAUACACCCAUGUUUCUUCGCAUAGCAGCACAUUGCAGGCUACAUUAAACUUCUGGGGUUAUGAUGACGAGGAAAAAAUCAAGGAGAGAAUUUUUCAUGCUGAAGACGAGUACGAACACGCAUUUGCUGUUUUUCGUCCUUACAUCAGUAAUGCAGGAAGCACAAUAAAGGGUUCAGAAGAAAAUACCACCUUUAACGCGCUCUCGAAAAGCUUUCUGGGAGGAAGGAUUUUAUCGAACGUUCUUCUAAGAAAAGAGAAAAGUCCCUAUACAGUUGUGUCCGAUGUCACUAUUCUGCCUGAAGCUUCUCUUUCAAUUGACCCUGGUGUUGAGAUGCAUUUUAAGCCAAGGGUCGGCAUGUUGGUUCUUGGUUCACUCUUUGUGGGCGGAAAUGUAGAUCAACCUGUUAAAUUUUCUCUUUCAAAAAGGACAACAGAUGACGAUUCUCUUAAAAUUCGAUUAACCGGAGGCAAGUUCCCUUGGGAAGGACGUGUAGAGAUACUACACAACUGGAAUUGGACCUCACUGUGUUUCAAUGAGACGCAGGGCACGAAAACUAAUGACGCAAAACUGAUAUGUGAACACCUGGGCUAUAAAGCACCAUUGUCCAUCAAUCACUCCCAUCACAAUUCGUCCGGCCCUCGGGAUGCUUGUGCUGCUCUUCAUUGUAAAGGAAGUGAGUUGGAUUUAGCAGAAUGCUCUUUAUCUUUCCAAAACCAAAGCUGCAAUAUGUCGUAUCAUCUUGUGUUAAACUGUGGCGAAGGAAGGCCUUGGGGAAAUAUCAGAUUUCUUCGCGAAGCUAGGAACACCUCAAACCUGUCAACAUCAAGUUUAAAACACCUAAGAAUUGAGCACUGUGGCGAGAAACAUGGCCAAAACGUGGCUGCCAUUGAAAUGAUUCAGUACGUUCCAGAAGUAAAUCAUGUGACUGUUCUUAACUGCACAUCAGGUGGUAUCAAGGUUUGGUUCCCAGAAAAAGAGGUGAUUAUAACAAACAGUUCCUUUGUGAAUACUGGAGGAAAUGGAAUUGAUUUUAUCAGUACCAAAAACAAUGUUACACUUAAAAACGUCAAAUCAAUAAAAAACGAGUUUGGUCUGAGUUUUCAUGAAGCAUACGGUGAUUGGAUUGAUAUAUACGGGAAAGUUAAUCUGUGCUCCCCACAAAAAGUGGUGAAUGUCAUGGAUCACGAUGUAUUCGUUUACUUUAGGGCACCAUUCGUGUCUUUCUCAGAUCUAGAGGUAUCCUGCCAAAUAAAGGUUCAAACAGAGGCAAGUGCUGGUUUUGCUAUCCAGCUACUAGUCCUAAAGAAUGCAAGAUAUUUUCGGAUAGAACUGCCUAAUGGACAUGAAAUCUUCAGGUCUUAUGGUAGCAGUCCAGGUCUACUCUUAAAAAGAAAAUUGAUCGAGUGGGAUUCUUUUACAGUCAUAUUUGAUGGAUCGUACAGUAGCAAAAUGCUUUUUCACGUUCGACGUGUUGAUAGCAAAGAUAUUCCAUGCUCAUUUGACCGUGGAUUUUGUGGCUGGAGACGUUAUCCCACAUCACGUUUUAAAGGAAUUGACUUGAGAAAGAAGUGGUAUUAUGGAAACAGUGCUUAUGACCACACCUAUUCAGGCAAUGGGGGAGUACUACAUCUUUGGCAACACUGGUUUUCUGGUUAUGCUGCCUUUACCAGCCCAUCAAUUUCCAGCGACAACAAUUAUUGUUACUUGGUGUUCUACUUCAGGCGGGUUGACCGCGACUCCAAGUCAUUAGCAUCGCUAUCCAUUUUUCUUAUAGAAGACAUUAGUAAUAAUUCGACCUUGCUCUUUUCCAUGAGCGAUUACGUGACUCACUGGAAAAAGAUAGUGAUUGAGCUACCCUACACUGACGCCAGUUACUCGAUUGUGAUAUUGGGAUAUGAAGAGGCGUGGGCCAAUAUUCAAAUCGAUGACCUGGCCUUCGUCAGUUGUGAUUCAUCUGCUACUGCUGUACACCAAGUAACCGGAAGUGUUUUUAGUGGUAACAAGAAACAAGGUAUACAUUACACGAUGACUCAAAGUGAAAGACAUAUUUUCAAAGUAGAACGUUGUCAGGUAACAAACAAUGGUCUGAAUCCAGUCCUUAGAGGAAGCCUACCAGGAGCGAUUCACCUCAAUGCUUCUGAGCAAGUAUUUGAAAUAGUCAAUAACUACAUUGCUGGAAAUAACAAUGGAGGUAUUUAUUCCAAAGUACUCAAUGAAUUGUCCACGACAAGACCACCGGUCAGCCAUAUCCAUGCAAACACCAUAGAGUACAACAAAGGAGGCAUAUUACACGUAGAGGGAGUUUCUGGGCCCUAUAUGAAUGUUAACGUGAGCAAUAACUAUUUUUCUCGAAACUUGGCACGAGAUUUGGAUGGCAAAGCCGAUAGCGUUUGUGUCAUAACAAAGUUAUGGGCGAUUGUUCAAGGAAAUUUCUUUUAUAGCAACGUCGGUCAUUACGUUUUGCUGUAUGAUAAUUCUCAAACAAGUACUGUUGGUCUUCGAUUUGUAAAUAAUACAUUGUACAAGAACGGUGCAAGGGGGCUCGAUGUUAACUACGGAGCGACUAUUCUGUGCAAUGGAACAGCAGAAAUUCAUGGAAACGUUUUGCAGAAUCCUAACAACCGUUAUCAAUUCAGUACCACAAUGAGAGGGAGUCCAAUCACAGUAAACGCCACUUUAAAUUGGUGGGGAGAGAAUGUACCAAAUCUGAUUUCUUCUCUGAUCAUGGAUAAGACAACGGAUUAUCGACUGUCCAUAACAGUUGUGUUCCGGCCGUUCGUCAAGCUACCACCUCAAAGAGCUAUAUCAGUGUCUUGCCCGCCUGAAUGGAUUAAAGACGAUGAGAUGUGUUACAUGUACAAAGGAGGCUCCUUCACUUUCACUGAUGCCGAGAAAUAUUGUGGGAGUUAUGGUGGAAAUCUCGUCACCAUGCUCUCAAACGAAGACAAACGACUCAUAAAGCAUCUUCGACAGAAAGAAUCCUUGGUUCAUUCAGGCGUGUUGCCUUCCCUGUGGACCAUAAGCAGGCGCUUUUUGAGAGAGUCCCAUAGCGGAUAUGAUCAGAAAAAUAAAGUAUGUCCUGUUGUGGCUGCCACCGGAAAUAUUUCACAAGUUCAUUGUGAUGAAUUUCUUCCUUUUGUCUGCGUGAGGAGGCCAGUUAUCCACUGCCCGAACAGCUGUUUCCAUAAUGGGGACUGUAUAGGUGCCACGUGUUUCUGUUAUCCCGGAUGGACUGGAGAAGACUGUUCCAAGUUUCACUGCCAUGACUUGCAUAACUGUUCUGGUAAAGGUGAAUGCAUGGGUCCCAAUGUGUGCAAAUGCUACCCCGGAUAUUUAGGUCUUGGCUGCACUUACUCCUUCUGUGGAAAGUACGAAAGUUGUGCUGAUUGCGUGACAGACCCAUUUUGUGGAUGGUGCGACAGUUCACGCUCCUGCCUCGGAGGUUUUGCCGCGGGGCCUCCAGGAAUAAGUUGUCCCGCUUGGUUUUACUACCACUGUUAUACAGUAGGAGACGAACGUUGUUCACGAGAUAUAAUGAGGGUGAAUUGUAGAGGUAGGCAUUGCAACUUCAAAGAUGGAGGAGCAACCAUUGAAUCCUGUCAAAAAUGCAGCGAUCUCGAAAGAUGUCACAAAAUCACAGACGACAACCAGUGCAGGUCGUGGAAUGAGACUAAGUGUCCAGGCGGGAAAAUUAAAGUGAAUUAUACAGAUCCCCAGAGAAGAAAUAAUGUGGAGUUUGCUAAAAACGUGAAGUUUGUGGAGCCUAACGAGACUCUCGUUUACGCAUGUCCAGUAAUUUUGCCAAAUCAGGAGAGGGUGUCGCUAGUUUUAGUUGCACCAAAAGUCCUGAAAGUUCAAAAGGGUGAUAUACUGUGUAGUCCUCAGGCAGGAGGUAUUAUGCAUAAGAUUGUCAAAGAAAUCAGCGAUGGUCCUUUUCAAUUGAUGUUGAGCGCCCCAGCAGGGUUAGAAGAGGUUAUCAAGUAUGCGGACUUUAAAGACGAAGUCACUGCAGUGCAAGUAGACGACGACUCGACGUUUGAGGAUGAGCCUAAUCAAGAUGACCUGCGGGACGUUAUUACAGGCAACAUUACGUUCGAUGAGGGUCGGGUAAUUGCGCUUUCAAAUGAGAUAUACAAGUGCCUUGGUCACACAUAUGACACUGGAAAAAUCAUUGUCCACUCGUUUUACCUGGUAAUAGAAAAGAACAAUACCAUCCCAAAGAAAGGUGACAUAGUUGUGUCCAAUACUAGUGAUGGUUUCAUCGAGACUGUUGUUAAAGUUCAUAGAACGAACAACACCGAUUACUUGGAAACGAAAUUUCAGAGAUGUGAAGCAAACUCUCAUUGGAAAGGCACAAGACUACAGGAAAGUAAAACAAGGCUUUCUGGGUCAGUAUCCUGUAGCGGAGGGGAUAACAACGAAGGCCUUGUUCUGUCAAAACCAGAGGAUGGAGGUCGGCAGUUUUUUGUCAAUGACUCAAUUAUUGGAAGACCUAGUGGAGCCUUCAUUGCAAAGGUUGUAGAAGUCUACUCCAGCGGAAAUUUUCUUCUGGUGGAAGUAAUUUCUGCCAAAUUGGACGGAAAUGGAACCAUUACUACAGCUGUAGAUAUAAACAUACUGAAAAGCCACAACAGACGAAGUAGGCGGUCGACGAGAUACGAUUUCGAAUUGGCAAGUUUUAAACCCGACGAAAUACAUCACAAGUUGUUGUCAACGGAAAGCGCCAAGCUACAAGUCUCUUUGGAAAUGUUUUUCGAACUGACUAUGUUUCUUGAGAUAGAACCGAAGUGGUUUGGCGGAAUAGAGGAUGCGGCUGUUGGUCUGGAGUUAAAGGGAGAAUUAGAUUUCUCUCUGACAUUUAAUGUUGAUGGGGAGUUGAGAUAUAACAAACGCCUAAACAUCAUGAAAGGAAAACAGCUCGGUCGUUCAAUUUACAUUCCCGUUGGGCCAAUUAAAAUCCCUGCCGGUAUCUUCUUGGAAAUAACAGGAUAUGCAUCUGCUGGAUUAUCUGGAAAAAUUUCUCGUUCAUUAUCAGUCAAUGGAAGGGUCUCUCUUGGAGGCGAAUGCCGUUGGAGCCGUGGUAGUUGCUACAAAACUGCUGAUACUGUUACUCUUCGCAAAGACUGGAGCAGCCCAGAUCCGCAAUUGGAAGCUGGAGCAUCCGUCAAGAUUACAGUGACACCCAAAAUCUCAGUGAAACUGCCAGCGUCUCCAAAAUCGCAAUCAAAAUCAAUCAAGUCAUCCUUUUUUAGUUUUUUCGACGAUUUAGUUGAAGCUGGUUUUGAGUAUGUGGACCUUUCCAUGGCGGUAUUUGUGAGCGUACCACUAGAAGCUGGUCUGGCCAUACGGCUUCCUACGUCUCAAUGCAGUGGGAACAAACCAGCUGAAUUGGAAAGCUUCUACGGAAUUUCCGGUGUAAAUCUCGGUGUCUCGGUUGGAUUUCUUAAAAAACAUUUGACACUUGAACUUCCUUUGGGAUAUCGUCAGAGUAAACGCUAUUGGGAUUGUAUAUGUCCAGUUAAAAGUGAGAGAUUAUGUGUGGGACCUCCACCACCGCGACCGAGACCACCCGAGAAUAGAGAUCCAAAACCUGGGAAUGGCAAUCCAACACCUGGGAAUGGCAAUCCAAAACCUGGGAAUGGCAAUCCAACACCUGGGAAUGGAAAUCCAACACCUGGGAAUGGCCAACACCUGGGAAUAGAAACCCGACGCCUGGGAAUGGAAAUCCGACACGUGGAAAUGGCAAUCCAACACCAGGGAAUGUCCAUACAACACCUUGGAAUGGCAAUCAAACAACCACUCCUCCUCCGCAAAAUAAGAAAGGAAGUGGGUAAGAAUGCUGAUUAUUCUUUCACUUCGUGUGAUACAGCCUGUGCGAAGCCUGGUGCUUCAAGCGUAAAGACCGGAAAAUUUCAAUGUGGAAAAGGACCUAUCUGUUCUGGGGAACGAACGGGCUCUGACUGCGAUCAGCCACAUAGAGGGCUUCUUCAGAACUGUUCAGGUAACGGAGAUCCUAUCAUAGCCCCAAAGUGUGAAGCGGAGUGUAACUGUUCAGGAGGAUGGGAGGGAGAAUUUUGUGAGCGCUUAAUUGCAAAUGGUGGAGGUGACCCACAUCUGGAAACAUUAGAUGGUGUUAAUUUUGACUUUUUUGGAAUUGGAGAGUUCUGGGGUUGCAAGAGUGUUAAAAACGAUUUUGGUCUUCAAUUUCGUUUUUAUUAUUACGAGCGAGCUUCGCUUAUUGGUGGAAUUGCACUCAAAGCUGGGAGAAGUGUUGUUACGAUUAUGACGAUCAAGACUGAAAGAGUUCAAGACUUGCCCAUUACAAGAAUCGAUGGAGUGGAAAUGAAUGCCACCAGUAAUUUGUCAGAACCUAUUGAAAUAAGUAAUGGCACAGUGUUAUUGGAUCAUCAAAGACGUUUUUCUUUUGAGGCUGAGGAGAACAGCGUCGUUUUAAUUUCACUUCAGUAUGAUGCAGGAGUAACAGUAACCAUCGACGUUCGUCAUAGUCGAGUUAUGAAGAGACAGUAUUUGAAUAUUCUCUACUCGCCAACUGCUGCUUACAAAGGUCACACUGAAGGACUGUGUGGCUUCAUGGAUAACAAUGCCACUAACGAUUUCAUGGGAACCGACGGAACUCUUUACGAUGACGCCGUUCAAUUUGCCGAAUCAUGGAGGAUCACGGAUUGUCACGAUGGCUCAGGCACGAAGGACUCUUGGUCAUGGAACUCAUCAAACUUUUAUCACGAUGACAUAAUGGACAUAACGUACACAGAUCCCACAUACAUACCUAUGUAUUCACUGGACGGAAUUUCUCAGUCUCUACUGCAGAUUGCAACAAGCAUGUGCAAAUCCUUGAACAUCUCUGAUAACGAUUUACAAAGCUGCAUAUUCGAUGUCGCCAUAACCAAUGACACGACAUUUACUGAUCAGGAAACUUUUAAACGAGAUUGUCCUGGCCAAUGCUCAGGUAAAGGGAGAUGUAUCAAUGGAACAUGUAAAUGUAUCGAAGGUUGGACUGGGAAGAGUUGUGACAAAGGCUCUUGUCUGAACUGUUCAACCAUUCAUGGCGAGUGUGUUAAAGGAUUUUGUGUCUGUGACUUGGGCUGGGAAGGACGAAGCUGUGAACUGGAAGCCACUUGCCGUAGAGUUAACAACUGUACUAGCCCUGAACACGGCAGUUGCAAAACGACGGAUGUUUGCCAGUGUAAUCCUGGCUACAUAGGUGCUAACUGCAGUAUUGUUCCGACUUGUUACGAUGUAUCAAACUGUUCUGGCAGUGGAAUUUGUGUGGAUUUCGAUGUAUGCAAAUGUGAUAUGGGAUGGACUGGAAGCAAUUGUGCCCAAUACUCUUGCGAACAAUUGGAUUAUUGCUCUGAACACGGUAGCUGCGUGGCAUUUGACAGAUGUGCCUGUGAUUAUGGCUGGACCGGAGUAAGCUGCGCUCUUCCUGACUGUGAAGCUGUCAAUCAAUGUUCCAAAGGAGGAGAGUGCAUUUCCAGCGACAAAUGUCGUUGCCUUCCGGGAUUUAUUGGAGCGGAUUGUGGUCAGAUGGCGGACUGUAGUCAUCUCGCAAACUGCAGUGGCCAAGGUGUUUGCGUUUCUACCGAGAUGCUGAAUGUGUCUUGCAGUUGCUACCUUGGUUUUACUGGCGAUAACUGCAGUCAGCCCACUUGCACAACCGUGAAUAAUUGUUCUGCCCAUGGUGCGUGCGUGGAAGCUGAGUUCUGCAAAUGUGACUUUGGAUACCUUGGAACUGACUGCAGUAACUUUUCUUGUGAGGCUGUCAACUUUUGCUCCGGAAAUGGAAAAUGUGUCGGCUACGAUCUUUGCCUCUGCAAUUCCUCUUGGUCGGGUCGCGCAUGCAGCGUUCCUGAUUGUAGUGCUGUAAAAAAUUGCUCUAGCCAAGGAGAUUGCAUCCUGCCUAACAUUUGUUCUUGUUAUCCAGCUUUUGAUGGCGAAUACUGCGACCAGAGCACAAAAGCAAACAUAAAUCCUCCAAGAUUUAACGACACUUUUUAUAGUGUAACCAUUGUGGAAAAUUCUCCUGUAGGAACAAUGAUUUUACAAGUAAAAGCCAACGAUACAGAUUCAGGAAGAAACGGUCAGAUAUUUUAUGCCAUACUUGGUGAUGAUAACGUAGAAAGUAUUCUUACCAUUGGCGGACAAUCUGGAAAGGUUUACAUCGCAAAGAAGCUGGAUUUUGAGACAAUUGAGAUGAAAUCAUUCAAUGUGACCCUGGUUGCUGCGGAUAAUGGAUAUCCACAGAAAUCUGGAAUCGCUACUGUGCAGAUAACAGUAAUGGAUGAAAAUGACAAUUGUCCAACCUUCAUCGAGCCACCAGGAGAUCUAAAACUAGAAUUCCUUACACUCAUUCCCGGAGAAACCGUAACCAAAAUUUCUGCAAUUGACUUGGACAGUGGAGUAAACAGCUAUAUAACUUAUAGCCUAUCCAAAAAUGACGCGUUCUCUAUUGAUCCCAAAACUGGUGUAGUUACCGUGGUGUCCCACCUGACGAAGAAAGUUCAUUAUCUCACUGUUAGUGCCAGUGACAAUGGGGACGUUUCUUGCAUAACAGACAUCAGUUUGACAGUUGAAAUCGGCGUCUUUCCGACAACAAAAGCCCGGACUAGACCCACCACUCCCUUCUCAAACAGGAAAUCUGAAACCUCUAGUACAUCUACUUUGCCUGAGUCUUUGCCUCCGGCAACAGAGCCCCGGACUAGACCUACCACUCCCUUCACAAACAGGAAAUCUGAAACCUCUGGUACAUCUACUUUGCCUGAGACUUUGCCUCCGACAACAAAGCCCCGGACUAGACCUACCACUUCCUUCACAAACAGGAAAUCUGAAACCUCUGCUACAUCUACUUUGCCUGAGACUACGGCGUUCACAGGAGCGACAACUUCGCAUGUACCAACGGAGGCAGACGCGGUUCCUCAAGAAGGUUCAAUUUAUGGAAUAAUUGGUGGGUCUUUAAUUGGAGGGGCACUGCUUCUUUUGAUUGCCGCGCUGGUGAUCAGAAAAUGCCUUUGCAAAGACAGAAUAUCUCCAGAAACUACGGGAAGAUUGAAUGCUGGUAUGGAUUUUGAGCUGUCUAAGAGGAUGUGAGAACAUGCUAUAUCUGACGACAGGUUUCAAAAUGAAAGUUCGCCAUGAGAGAAAGAACCCGAGCUACCUUCUUGGGUUACCUGUGGUCGCAGUACUUUACUCGUAUACUUAGCAGUAAAGGGAAGCUUUUUUUACAAGCUCACUUACUGAGUUGAUAAUAUUAGUAUCAAUAUCAGUCAGUAACAAACGGAACAAAAAAAAACAUUGCAGUGUCAUUAAGAGAUUAAACCUCUCACCUAGACCUAGUAUAUCACUGUUAUAUAAAGAUUAUCAGUAGUACAGAAAGUAGCAGUGGUAAUAGCGCUAGCAGUAGAAGUAGUUGUAGCAAUGGAAGAAGCAGUAUGCUGUAGGAGUGGUGUUCACAAGGGCAGUAGCCGUAACAAUAGCAGGAAGCCAUCAACUAACUUACCUAUACAUCUAAAUCUUAGUUAGAGAUGAUUGUUGGUUACAUAUCUCUAGUUUCCCGUAUAUCAUAGGAGGAUAAUUGUAGGAACGAAGAGUAGACAUAUUAAGUUUAAUUUUCUAUCUGAUUUUGAGUGUGAAACAAGUUUGAAUAAAA